AUUUAUUGAUAAAAGUAUAUAAUCCAACAGAGUCUGCAGAUUUCAAACUUAUUUUUCAGCAAAAAUUUUAAAAUAAAGUGCACACACAGAGUUUCAUUGGAAUAAAAAGUUAUAGAUCUGAGGCAAAAUGGAAGCCAGUCAGAUGAAUACUGGAGGAGGGAUGCCUGUGGUGAAGGAGGUCCGCAUCCUAGAGUCAGCUGAGGACAUCCAGGACCGACGUGAGCAAGUGCUGUCCCGCUAUCAGCAGUUCCGGAGUGAAGCCAGGAUCAAGAGGGAGAAGCUUGAAGACUCCCGAAAGUUCCAGUAUUUCAAGCGUGAUGCUGAGGAAUUGGAGUCCUGGAUCCACGAGAAGCUGCAGGCUGCAUCGGACGAGUCCUACAAGGACCCGACUAACCUGCAGGCCAAGAUCCAGAAACACCAGGCAUUUGAGGCUGAGGUGGCUGCUCACUCCAACGCCAUUGUUGUGCUUGACAACACCGGAUCUGAGAUGAUCAAGAAUCAGCACUUUGCUUCUGAGAUCAUCCAUCAGAAAUUGGAGGAGCUGCAUCGUCUCUGGGAACUGCUUCUCAGUCGUCUGGCUGACAAAGGCUUGCGUCUCCAGCAAGCCCUUGUUCUGGUGCAGUUCACGAGGCAGUGCGACGAGGUGCUCUACUGGGUCACGGACAAGGAGGCUUUUGUCACCAGCGAAGAGUUCGGCACGGACCUCGAACACGUCGAGGUGCUGCAGCGCAAGUUUGAUGAGUUCCAGAAAGACAUGGCUGCCCAAGAAUACCGUGUCACUGAGGUCAACGGUCUUGCUGCUAAACUGCUGGAGGAAGGCCACCCUGAGGCACAGGUUAUCACCAAGCGCCGUCAGGAACUCGAGGAAGCCUGGAACCGUCUUCGUCAGUUUGCACUUAUGAGGCAGGAGAAGCUCUUGGGCGCUCACGAGAUCCAGCGAUUCAACCGCGAUGCUGACGAGACCCUAGCCUGGAUCGGUGAGAAGGCCGUCAUGCUGAGUGCUGAUGAUUACGGUCGAGACUUGGCGUCUGUGCAGGCGUUGCAGCGCAAGCACGAGGGCCUAGAAAGAGAUCUCGCCGCUCUUGAAGACAAGGUAUCGACCCUAGGCCACGAGGCAACUCGUCUGUGCGGCAUUCAUGCCCCUCAUGCCGACCAGAUCAAGAACAAGCUUGCUGAGAUUGAAAACUCAUGGACGACCCUCACUAGCAAAGCUCAGGACCGCCGACUCAAGCUUGACGAGUCCUAUUAUUUGCAUCGCUUCUUGGCUGAUUUCCGUGAUCUUGUGUCAUGGAUGAACGACAUGCGCGCCGUCAUUGGGGCGGAUGAACUUGCCAAGGAUGUUGCUGGUGCUGAGGCCUUGCUGGAACGUCAUCAAGAGCACAAGGGUGAAGUAGAUGCUCGCGAAGACAGUUUCAAGGCCACCCAACAGGCUGGACUAACUAUUCUCGAGAACAAAGACCAUCCUGCCGCUGCUGAAGUAAAGGAGAAACUCGAAACUCUAGCAAGCGAGAAGGACGCGCUUCUGAGCGUGUGGGAGGAGCGGCGCGUUCUGUACGAGCAGUGCAUGGAUUUGCAGCUCUUCUACCGCGACACGGAGCAGGCUGACACCUGGAUGGCCAAACAGGAAGCCUUCCUCGAGAAUCAAGACCUAGGCGACUCGCUCGACUCAGUUGAAGCUCUCAUUAAGAAGCAUGAAGAUUUUGAAAAGAGCUUGGCUGCUCAGGAAGAGAAGAUCAAGGCGUUGGAUGAAUUUGCCACGAAGCUAAUGGAAGGUCAGCAUUACGCGGCUGAAGAUGUUGCUCAUCGUCGUGAACAGCUUCUGGAGCGCCGAUCUGCGCUGCUUGAGAAGAGCAAGCAACGUCGUAUCAUGCUAGAGAACAGCUUCAGGCUUCAGCAGUUCGAGCGUGAUUGCGAUGAAACUAAAGGUUGGAUCAACGAAAAACUGAAGUUCGCCACAGACGACAGCUACUUGGAUCCCACCAACCUGAAUGGCAAGGUACAAAAGCACCAGAACUUUGACCAGGAACUCAACGCAAAUAAAUCGCGCAUUGAUGAGAUCACAAGUACUGGCAAGGAUUUGCUUGACUCCAAUCACUACGCAAGCGACCGCAUCAGCAGCCGCAUGGAGGAGAUCAUUAAUCUUUGGGCUUCGUUAGAAGACGCUACCAAGAGCAAGGGCUCGAAGUUGGAGGAGGCCUCUCAGCAGCAGCAAUUUAACCGUGGCCUCGAGGACAUUGAGCUUUGGUUGUCUGAGAUUGAAGGCCAGCUAAUGAGCGAGGACUACGGCAAGGACUUGACUGGAGUCCAGAACCUGAUCAAGAAACAGGCGUUGUUGGAAGCAGAUGUUGGUGCUCACCAGGACAGGAUCGAUGGCGUGAGGAUUCAGGCCACGCAAUUCGUUGAACGCGGACACUUCGAUGCCGAAAACAUCAAGAACAAGCAGGUCGCUCUCCAAGAACGCUACAAUAACCUGCAAAAGCCUAUUGCUGUACGCAAGCAGCGCCUGAAAGACUCUCUGCUUGUUCAGCAGCUUUUCCGUGAUAUUGAAGACGAGGAAGUCUGGAUUCGCGAGAAGGAGCCCAUCGCUGCCUCCACCAACCGCGGUCGCGAUCUCAUUGGCGUUCAGAACUUGAUCAAGAAACACCAGGCUGUGUUGGCUGAAAUUAACAACCACGAAAAUCGAAUUGUUGCCGUCACCCUUUCCGGUGAGGAGAUGAUAAGCGACGGUCAUUUUGCUGCUGAUGAGAUCAAGCAACGCUUGAACAUCCUCAACCAGCACUGGUCGCUGCUCAAGGAUCGCGCCUCUAAGCGUAAGCAGGACUUGGAUGAUUCACUCCAAGCUCACCAGUACUUCGCUGACGCCAAUGAAGCCGAAUCUUGGAUGAAGGAGAAAGAGCCCAUUGCGUCAGGAGGAGACUUUGGCAAAGACGAAGACAGCUCCGAAGCUUUGCUUAAGAAACAUGAAGCUCUCAUGAGUGAUUUGCAGGCAUUCAGCUCGACCAUCGGAUCUUUGGACGAGCAAGCCAACGCGUGCCGCCAGCACGACUCUGCUGCUGCUGACAUCUCAGGCAAGGAGUGCGUUGUUGCGCUUUAUGAUUAUGUCGAAAAAUCUCCUCGUGAGGUCUCCAUGAAGAAAAACGACGUACUUACGCUUUUGAAUGACAACAACAAGGACUGGUGGAAAGUUGAAGUGAACGACCGACAAGGUUUUGUGCCUGCCGCUUACGUGAAGAAAAUCGACUCGGGCCUGACUGCAUCGCAGCAGAAUCUUGCUGAUGCCAAUAACAUCAUGGCUCGCCAGAACCAGAUCAGGGCGCAGUACGAAAACCUCAUGGCCCUCGCAAAUGCUCGGCACAAGAAGCUGAGUGAGAGCGUGCAAGCGUACGUCUUGGUCCGCGAGGCUGCUGAUCUCGCCCAAUGGAUCAAGGAUAAAGAGCAACAUGCUCAAGUGGAGGAUGUUGGAGAGGACUUGGAACAGGUGGAGGUGAUGCAGAAGAAGUUUGACGACUUCAAGUCCGACUUGCAAGCGAACGAAGUGCGUCUCGCCGAGAUGAACGAGAUCGCCAUGCAGCUCAUGAGCGUCGGCCAGACUGAGGCGGCGCUCAAAAUCCAAACUCAGAUUGAAGACCUCAACACCAAGUGGACCUCCCUGCAGCAAAUGGCUCAGGAGCGUCAGUCGCAGCUGGGUUCAGCUCACGAGGUGCAGCGUUUCCACCGCGACGUGGACGAGACCAAGGACUGGAUCCAGGAGAAAGAUGAGGCUCUUAACAACGAUGAUUGUGGCAAGGACCUGCGAUCUGUUCAGGCUCUGCAGCGCAAACAUGAAGGUCUGGAGCGCGACUUGGCUGCCCUGGGCGACAAGAUACGACAGCUUGACGAGACCGCUAACCGCCUCAUGCAGACGCACCCCGAGGCUGCUGACACCAUUUAUGGCAAGCAGCGCGAGAUCAACGAGGAGUGGACCCAGAUCACGGCUAAGGCGGACGCACGCAAGGAGAAGCUGCUGGACUCGUACGACUUGCAGCGCUUCUUGAGCGACUACCGCGACCUCAGCUCCUGGAUACUCUCAAUGAUGGGACUCGUGAGCUCAGACGAGCUCGCUACUGAUGUCACUGGUGCAGAGGCGCUGCUUGAAAGACACCAGGAACACCGCACCGAGAUCGACGCCCGCGCCAACACGUUCCAUGCCUUCGACUUGUUUGGCCAGCAGCUGCUCGAGAGCGGCCACUUUGCAUCUGCUGAGGUGCAGCAGAAGCUCGACGAUAUGAACGACGCUCGACAGGAGCUCGAGCGUGCAUGGAUUGCACGUCGCAUGAAGCUGGACCAAUGCUUGGAACUGCAGCUGUUCUACCGCGACUGCGAGCAAGCCGAGAACUGGAUGAGCUCUCGCGAGGCUUUCCUGUCCUCGGACGAGCCUGAUGCCAAGUCUGACAACGUCGAAGCGCUCAUCAAGAAGCACGAGGACUUCGACAAAGCCAUCAACGCUCAAGAGGAGAAGAUCGCGGCUCUUAAUCUUUUCGCCGAUCAACUUAUCGCAGCUGAGCAUUACUCAAAGAACGACAUUGCGGAUAAACGCGCCGAUGUUCUCAAUAGGUGGCAGCAUCUGAAGGAAGCUCUCAUUGAGAAACGCUCCAAGCUUGGGGAGUCCCAGACGCUGCAGCAAUUCUCAAGGGACGCUGAUGAAAUUGAGAACUGGAUUGCCGAAAAAUUGCAGGUGGCAACUGAAGAAAGUUUCAAAGAUCCUGCUAACAUUCAGUCGAAGCAUCAGAAGCACCAGGCGUUCGAGGCUGAGCUGGCAGCAAAUGCUGACAGGAUCCAGGCGGUAGUGGCCAUGGGCCAGAACUUGAUCGACAAGCACCAGUGCGCAGGAUCAGAGGAACCUGUUCACCACAGGCUUGAGUCUCUGGCUUCUCAGUGGGAGGUGCUCACCCAGAAAUCAGCUCAGAAGAGCCUCAAGCUGAAAGAAGCUAACAAGCAGCGCACUUUCAUCGCUGCUGUCAAGGAUUUGGACUUCUGGCUUGGAGAAGUUGAGUCGCUCUUGACGAACGAAGAUGUUGGAAAGGAUUUGGCCUCUGUGCAGAAUUUGAUGAAGAAGCAACAGCUUGUGGAAGCUGACGUGCAGGCCCAUCAAGACCGCAUUAAUGACAUGAAUGCUCAAGCUGACUCUCUAAUUGAGAGUGGUCAGUUUGACACGGCUAACAUCAACGAGCGUCGCUCAAGUAUCAACGAGCGUUACGAAAGGAUUAGGAACCUUGCAGCACACCGCCAGGCUCGCCUCAACGAGGGCCUCACAUUGCACCAGUUCUUCCGUGACAUUGCUGACGAAGAGUCGUGGAUCAAGGAGAAGAAGCUGCUUGUUGCUUACGACGACUACGGCCGUGAUCUCACUGGCGUCCAGAAUCUGCGCAAGAAGCAUAAGCGUCUUGAGGCUGAGCUGGCGAGUCACCAACCUACCAUCGAGGCUGUACAGGAAGCCGGCGAGAAGCUCAUGGAUGUUAGCAACGUGGGAGUGGCUGAGAUUGAGGCGCGUCUGCAGCAGCUUGGCGAGGCUUGGGAUCAACUCAAAGCAAUGGCCAAUCAGCGCGGCGAAAAGCUCGAUCAGUCGCUCAUUUACCAGCAGUUCCUCGCAAAGGUAGACGAGGAGGAAGCCUGGAUCAGUGAGAAGACGCAGCUUCUCAGCGUGCCGGACUACGGCGACAACAUGGCUGCUACCCAAGGCCUCCUCAAGAAACAUGAUGCAUUUGAGACGGACUUCUCUGUGCAUCGUGAUCGUUGCAAUGGAGUCUGCGAGGAUGGCAAUAAAUUGGUGCAGGACGGCAACCACCACCACGAUGCCAUCAAGCAGCGUUGCCAGCAACUCAGAGAUAACUUGGAUCAGCUCUCAAACAUCGCUGCUCGCCGCAAGAGCAAACUCUCUGACAAUCUGGCCUACCUUCAGUUCAUCUGGAAGGCCGAUGUUGUUGAGUCAUGGAUCGCGGAAAAGGAGUCUUACGUCAAGUCCGAGGAAUUCGGACGUGAUUUAUCAACCGUGCAGACCCUCCUCACCAAGCAAGAAACUUUCGAUGCUGGUCUGGGUGCGUUUGAGUCUGAAGGCAUCCUGAACAUCACGGACCUGAAAGACCAGCUCGUGUCUAGCAAUCACGAGCAGUCGGCGAGCAUCGUGAAGCGUCACGGUGAUGUUAUCGCUCGCUGGCAGAAACUCAUGCACGAUUCUGCACAACGAAAGAACAGGCUUCUGAUCAUGCAGGAUCAGUUCCGUCAGAUCGAAGAACUGUAUCUCUCGUUUGCCAAGAAAGCCUCUGCCUUCAACUCCUGGUUUGAGAACGCAGAAGAGGACCUUACCGAUCCUGUGCGCUGCAACAGCAUUGAAGAGAUCCGGGCCCUGCGCGAGGCUCACAACCAGUUCCAGAGGUCUCUGAGCACCGCCCAGGCUGACUUCGAGGCCCUCGCUGCCCUGGACCAGCAGAUCAAGAACUACAACGUCGGCCCCAACCCAUACACUUGGUUCACCAUGGAGGCUCUCGAGGACACGUGGCGCAAUCUCCAGAAAAUAAUCAAGGAGCGAGAUGUGGAACUGGCGAAGGAAGCUCAGCGCCAGGAGGAGAACGACAAGCUGCGCAAGGAGUUCGCCAAGCACGCCAACAGCUUCUACAACUGGCUUACUGAGACCAGGUUCUCCCUCCUGGGCUUCACCAUGCUGGGCUAUGAUGCAAGGUCGGCCAUGAUGGAGGGGUCAGGCACCCUGGAGCAGCAGCUGGAGGCGACGCGACUCAAGGCACUGCAGGUACGCGAGCAUCGCUCCGACCUCAAGAAAAUCGAGGACCUCGGACAGAUCCUCGAGGAGCAUCUCAUUCUCGACAACAGAUACACCGAGCACAGCACGGUGGGGCUGGCGCAGCAGUGGGAUCAGCUGGACCAGCUGGGCAUGCGCAUGCAGCACAACCUCGAGCAGCAGAUCCAAGCCAGGAACCAGAGCGGCGUGUCAGAGGACGCGCUCAAGGAGUUCAGCAUGAUGUUCAAGCAUUUCGACAAGGAGAAAUGCGGUCGUCUGAACCACACCGAGUUCAAGUCUUGCCUACGCGCUCUGGGCUACGACUUGCCAAUGGUUGAGGACGGGGAACAAGACCCAGAGUUCGAGGCCAUCUUGAAUGUGGUGGACCCCAACAGGGACGGCUUUGUGUCCCUGCAGGAGUAUAUGGCCUUCAUGAUAUCCAAGGAGACCGAGAAUGUGCACAGUUCAGAGGAUAUCGAGAACGCCUUCCGAGCUAUCGCUGCUGGCGACCGCCCAUACGUCACCAAGGACGAACUUUACCAGAACCUGACGAAGGAGAUGGCAGACUAUUGCGCUGGUCGCAUGAAGCCUUUCGUGGACCAGAAGACAGGACAAGUCAUCCCUGGCGCGCUGGACUACAUCGAUUUUACUCGCACGCUUUUCUCCAAUUAAAGGCUCUUGCUUAUCCUCGUUCAGUGUUCGCCUGCGAAACUUUCAGCAGCUAGCCUCCUUCGAAAUUCCUUCAUGCCUCUACGUAGUAAACUUCAGCUUUCGAAUAUACUAUAUCCUAUAGAUGUACUUUAAGCCUUCGUUUUUUGUCGUUUUAUCUAGAACGGUAUCGAAUGUAGUUUACGGAAUACCUACUGUCUAUUACAUAUUCAUAGAAUAUUUAGUAAGGUACGGAUGUUGUGGGAGCCUUGGACUCUUUAGUAUUUAUAACGGAGUUGAUUCACCAUAAAUUCGACCGCUAUUCUGAUGAUUAUUUCGCGUUCCCUUGAAUCUAGUACGUCAUGAACCAUAUUUAAUUUUUUCUGUGCGUUUGAGUCCAAUCAAUUCUAACUUUUGAAGAAUUUAGAUGUAAUGUAUUAGAAUGUGAUUGAGAUUUUUUGCGUAGUGUUGGUUGCUUAAAUCAUAAAAACAUAUUCGUAGAUCGUGUUCGAGUAAGGCCUGUAUUUCAGUUGUGUGUUUUGUGUGCAAAACUCCUGUAAGUCCUGGCCUCGCUUAUCGCUAAUUUAUCGGUCAAUUUAAGCACUUUUUCGAUUAUUUUGGUUCAAAAUUUAUCUGCUUAUAGCUCUACUACGAUCUUCUUUAUAUAAUUUAAGUCAAAACAAACAUUUGACAGAAAUCUACGAGAAAUAGGUAAACCUUGACUAAAUUUGACUCUACAACGUUGUUGUGCAAUCUCUUACUUCUCCAAAUAUUUCAUUUAGUAUUUAUGCAGAUCAAAUUAUUUAUCGCAAAAACUAGAACUUUGAUCAAUAUUGAUUAUAAUGAGAUGUGAUUAUCGCCCGUAUCUUCUUUAUUUCGCUAUUUAUAGUUGUAAUUCAUCGACCAUGAAAGGUUUACGUCUGCUUUGGGUCGUGCAUGCGUUAAUUAACUAUCUCUUAAUUCUUAAGCAAUAUAUUUAAUUUUCUCUAGUUGCUACAUUCUUACUGGACGAUGAAAUGAUUUGUUUUGUAGACGUCACUCAAUGGUUUCGUGGAAAUUAAUCGUAUUCGGAUGCAUUAGAAUGCCUUUGGCUUAUCACGUGUAACCUGUAGCACUUCGAGAAAAUGUAGGUGUUUGUUUUCUGCCGCAUUAGGACGUGAAAACCGACAUCUUUUGAUCUAGAGACCAUUUUCACAUUGUGUUAACAAUUUUUUAAUUGAAUCGGAGAGUAUAAAAUUGGAUAAACUGGUGCUUCGGCAUCGUACUUGGACGGGCGUUACGGCCGCAGCUCUCUUCACAUGAUGAAAUUUUCCUGUAUUUAGAUCUGCGACCAUUUUUAUACACUGGCUUAACGUCGUGCUAUUUUUAACAUCAAGUUAUUGAUUGCUGGAAAACUUGAAUGUGUCUACGAAACAUCUCAUUACAUCUUCAUCACCACUGCCUUCUCGUGUUUAUCGUUUACGUCGUUAGUUUGCUUCAGAGCUCUGGUGCCUGAUGGGAAUUAAAUAUAUACGCGCAGCUUC